AUGCAGCGACGGCAGAUGAUCCAGCGGAUCCUGUACCGCUCCGUGUAUAUUCUCUUCUACCUGAUCCUCAUCGGGCUGCUCCUCAUCACGCCCGGCGACGUCAUCCAGCGGUCCAUUACCAAUCGCACGCGCUAUAACAUUCUCGUGCUGGCACUCGUCUACGCCGCCACCCUCCUCAUCAUCGCCUUUGUCUACGCCACGCGCCUCUACGUCAACACGACGUCGCUCUCCGCCAUCCCCAAGUCGUGGAUCCCGGUCGACCGCGGCGACGUGGCCGCCCGCGUGCACCGCCUUGUCGGCGCGGGCCUGCAGCGCAGUGCCGCCAUCACGUUCCUCUCGCGUCCGCGGGACCGGUCCGUCGCUGACGACGAUGCCGCGCGCGAGAACCUGUUUGCGCAGCCGCGCGUGCCGCUCAAGACGGCGCGCACCGUAGCCCUCGAACUUGGCGUCGUGCUGCCCGCGCGCGGCACCGCUUGGGCCGAUAUCGAGCAGCCCGGGUGGGCGUCGCCCGACUCGCGCGACCUGCCGGGCUUGCAGUACAGCACGGUACUGGCGGAGCUGCCGAACCUGAUCGAGGCCAAGGCGCUGACGCUGGCGCCGCCGCAGAUGCAGCAGGAAGCGGCGGCGCUGCUGCAGCGCGACCCGACCUCGAGUCUACGGACAUACGUGGACGCCCUGACGGAGCUCGGCGUCGUGGACGUGGACGGCCAGACGGGGGCGUUCCUCGCGCAGUAUGAAUAUGCGCGCUUCUCGACGCGGCCGCUCACCAACAGCGAAUUUCGCAGCCUCAUGCACCUCUUUGCCGAGCUGCUGCGCACCAUGCGCCCGCCCAACAUCGGCGACGACACGCCCCGCCGCCGCCCUGCCGAGAGCGCCCACGACAGCGACGCGCCGCUCGAAUCGCGCCCGACAACGCCAUGUACCCGGUCUGUCCGCAGCAACGACUCUAGCAGCAGCAGCAGCAAUGGUGCGGCGCGCCCACCCGCCCGACUGCCUCUGCCCCGGCGCGACUCGUCGUUUCACGCCUGGAGCCAAUAUGCCACGGCGCCCAACACGCCCGGCAGUCGACAUACGGAGACGGCGCUGUCGCGGCGGCGCAGCAGCAACAGCAGUAGCAGCCUCGCUACCGUGGCCACGACGACGCGUCGCGGCGUGCCGCUGUCGAGGUUGCAGCAGGGGCCGCUGCGGCUGAGGCCGCAGCAGUCGGAUGCGAGUCUGCGAUCGAGCGGCUCGGCGAGCUCCCGCUCGGUGAUUCGGUUGGCGACGACGAGGGAGGAUGCGUCGGCGCUGCCGUACGUGUUGUCGUUGCGUCCGACAAUGGACCAGUAA